AUGGUUCGGUUUGAUACACCUGCGAAGCCACGCCCACUGAUCCUCGGACCCCCCAGCCCCACUCUCACCCCUGUCUUUCGCUUCACCAUCAUCAAGAUACCAUUCCACGGUGAGACGUCAUCUGAGACGGACUCGACACAAUCAAACUGUAUCCACGACGUGCAUGAACAUCAGAAUCAGCAACAAAAGUUUGAUAUAAAUGUGGCUCAUCGACUUGAAUGA